AUGUGGAGGGUUCUCUCCAGGCUCGGCGUGCCGGAUAAGCUGAUUUCCAUCAUUCGGUCGUUCCAUGAAGGCAUGUCUGCAUCCAUUCGUCUCGGCGCAGAUCUGCUCGACCCUUUCCCGGUGGGAAAUGGCCUACGUCAGGGAUGCACUAUGGCCCCGAUCCUGUUCAACUUAUUCAUGGUUGCGGUUGUGGAAAAGGGGCAUGCUACCAUCGCCAAUGACGAGGAUAUCGGUAUCCAGGUGUCGCAGUUUCGCAGAGACUGCUUGUUCAAUACGCGUCUCAGAGAGUGUCGCAGGGUGACUAUCACGGAGUGUCAGUUUGCGGACGAUUCGUCACUGUUCGCCAAAACCUACGGCGGUGCUGAAAGGGCCUUGGCCACGUUUAGACAGGUUGCAGCAUCUUUUGGCCUGUCAGUCAAUCUGGGCAAAACUAAGUUCAUGCCUAUGGGCGUUGGUGUGGUGGCGUCGGAUAUGUUGCCUUUGGGUGGAACCGUCGAAUACGUGGACAGCUUCCGCUAUCUUGGUUGCCAGAUCACUCCUGAUGCUAGGAGUAGCUUUGAUGUCUCUCGCAGGAUCGCCGCGGCUUCGGGUGCAUUUGGCGCAUUGAAGAAAGCUGUGUUUGCGAACUCGGAGUUUCCUAUCGGUCUCAAGCGUGUUGUGUACGGAGUCACUGUGUUGGCAGUACUCCUCUAUGGUGCUGAGAACUGGACACCGAGGCAACGGGAUCUCCAGCGUCUGGAGUCGUUUCACCUGCGAUCUAUACGCAUGGUCCUGGGCGUCAGUCGGGCGCGCCAGAUGGACGAGCACGUGACAACCCUUCAGGUACGGCAGUGGUGGGGUGACAUGGAGCAGGUCUCUGACAAGGUCCGGCGCCGUCGUCUCCAAUGGCUGGGCCACCUGGCUCGCAUGGAUGACCGUAUUCCCCGCCAAUUGCUCUUUGGUGCCUUGCCGUAUAAACGACCUCCACAUGGCCCCCGGAAGAGGUGGAAAGACCCAAUCAAACAUGACCUGACGGCGGUGUCCAUUGGCAUGAAUGAGUGGCUUGAAACAGCAGAUGAUAGGUCUGAGUGGAGAACCAGGUGUCAGGAUGGAGUCUACAGUGUGGCCAGGAGGCCCAGUCCGUACGCUGAUGCAGCAGCCAGCGCGCUGAAGGGUACUCAGGGCCAGGCCCAGGGGACACUGGAUGACACAGUGGGUGCAAAUUCAGAACCAACAGUGAGUACAAGCCAGUCAGCAAGCAGUACAGCUUCAGCACCUGAAACUGGGACACCUCAAGUUUCUUCACCUAGUCAGGAAUCAGCCAAACCAGACCAGCUUAACAAGGAGCUGGGAACUGCUCACUGCCCUCCAGAUGACAAGGGAGGCUUUAUGAUGGCCAAGGGACGGAAAACCUUCAGAGUGCCAAAAAAACUUGUUGACUUUUCAGGAAAUGAGCUACUGACCGACUCGGACAUGGAACAGGAGGCCAUGGGUAACAACGAGAGCAACGACCGGCAUAUGACAGUUGGCGAACUCACCAUAUCGUAUUAG